ACAAUAUGGAGAAAAAUGUAAAGAAAAAAAAUGUCAUAAACAAUAUAGAAUAUAUAUGUACAACAAUUAUUUAUUUUUAUAAGAAACAGAGAUGUUAUAGUUUAAACAAUGGGAGAAGAAAUUGAAGUGAAGAAAUGUGGUGUUAAAUUCAAGCCUCCAGCUAUUGUUGUCACUUACCUGCUGGUAGAAACUAGUAAAUUACACAGAAGAACUAUGCCUCUUCGUAGUUUUACCAAAAACUCUGAUGUUUCAAAAGCUGCCAGUGAUUUAAGAACACAUCCACGACAUGGUCAAUUUGUUAAGGGUCUUCCUAAAAGUCAGUUAGAAAGACUUAUUUGUAUCAUUCGUGACAAACUUUGUGGAAUGAGCUUAGAGGCUAGUUUAGCUAGGAAUGAAGAAAUGCAAAAGAUUGAUUCUGAUGAAGACUUGAACAAGGUUGACCCAGAACUUCUGGCACGUAAGAAAUCUGUAAUGGAGGAUACCUUUGAAAAGAACCAGAAGAAACCUGGUGAUGCAGACUUUGAAUAUGAUCUACAAGUGGAUUUUGACAACCAAAUAGUAGAAACUUGUGAAUGGGACUCAGAAGGAUCAAAUGAAGAUUUUUAAUUUUAAUUUCAAUAAAAAAUAUCUAUGCAAUUGAAUAAUGAUAAUUUAAAAAUGUCUUAUACCAAUUAUAGGAUCUUUAAAAACUAUAUACAAUGUAUGAAGGCUUUUCUGAUCUGUCAGUCAAAAUUAUAUAUCUUUUUCUCAUAUUGCAUAGUGUUUGAUAGUGAAAACAUUAAGUCACAGAUAUACCUGGGUCAAUCAGAUGCUUAAAAUACAUCCAUUUUCUGAUAUAUAUAUAUGCAGAAAUGAGUGUUGAAAGGUAUAAUAAGAGACCAAUAUAGACACCAGUCUGUUGAAUUGAAUGGACUCUGUCACUCCCUAAAAAAAGAAAAAGAACAAAUAAUUUAUAACGCUCAAAAUAAUAGUUUUACUUUUGUUACUUUGGGGCUUUAAAGCUGACUGCAGUAAGGGUUUUGCUCACUGUUAUAGUUGUAAAAUUUCUGUGUUAUUUGGUCUCUUGCGGAGAUUUGUCCUAUUGGCAAUCAUAACCACAUCUUCUUAUUUUUAUAUCAGUAUCAUUAAUCAGACACAUAUUUUGUAAUAUCCAUUCAAAUUUCUAUUAAUA